CUAUGUACGGUGCUAAAAGAGUUCAACAUACAUGCAUACUUGGCUUGAGCUAUGUUGCUAGGUGAAUCAAUGAGAUGUUGUAGUUCUAAUUGAGAUAUUUGCGGCUCAGACGUUGACGAGUGCCAGGAGAGCCAAGCUACUUGUGGUGGGGGCGGUCGCUGUGAGAACGUUCCAGGCUCCUUCCACUGCUACUGUGAACCGGGGUUCAGGCUCUCGUCCGGCAAGCAGCCCUUCCAGCCCAUGCGUGACCAGGCCUCCUGUUUGGAUGUUGACGAGUGCCAGGAGAGCCGCGCUCCGUGUGGAGAGGGCGGUCGCUGUCAGAACGUUCCAGGCUCUUUCCACUGCUACUGUGAACCGGGGUUCAGGCUCUCGUCGGGCAAGCAGCCCUUCCAGCCCACGCGCGACCAGGCCUCCUGUCUGGAUGUUGACGAGUGCCAGGAGAGCCAGGCUCCGUGUGGGGAGGGCGGUCGCUGUGAGAACGUCCCAGGCUCCUUCCACUGCUACUGUGAACCGGGGUUCAGGCUGUCGUCCGGAAAGCAGCCCUUCCAGCCCACGCGUGACCAGGCCUCCUGUGUGGACGUUGACGAGUGUCAGGAGAGUCAGGCUCCGUGUGGGGAGGGCGGUCGCUGUGAGAACGUUCCAGGCUCCGUCCACUGCUACUGCGAACCGGGGUUCAGGCUUUCAACCGGCAAGCAGCCCUUCCAGCCUUCGCGUGACCAGGCCUCCUGUGUGGACGUUGACGAGUGCCAGGAGAACCAAGCUACUUGUGGUGGGGGCGGUCGCUGUGAGAACGUUCCAGGCUCCUUCCACUGCUACUGUGAACCGGGGUUCAGGCUCUCGUCCGGCAAGCAGCCCUUCCAGCCCAUGCGUGACCAGGCCUCCUGUUUGGAUGUUGACGAGUGCCAGGAGAGCCGCGCUCCGUGUGGGGAGGGCGGUCGCUGUCAGAACGUUCCAGGCUCUUUCCACUGCUACUGUGAACCGGGGUUCAGGCUCUCGUCGGGCAAGCAGCCCUUCCAGCCCACGCGCGACCAGGCCUCCUGUCUGGAUGUUGACGAGUGCCAAGAGAGCCAGGCUCCGUGUGGGGAGGGCGGUCGCUGUGAGAACGUUCCAGGCUCCUUCCACUGCUACUGUGAACCGGGGUUCAGGCUGUCGUCCGGAAAGCAGCCCUUCCAGCCCACGCGUGACCAGGCCUCCUGUCUGGGUGAGGGAUGGACACACGGGGACAACAGCAGCGUAGUGCUCUCGUCUGGCAAGCAGCCCUUCAAGCCCACGCAUGACCAGGCGUACUGUCUGGACGUUGACGAGUGCCAGGAGAGCCGCGCUCCGUGUGGGGAGGGCGGUCGCUGUGAGAACGUUCCAGGCUCCUUCCACUGCUACUGUGAACCGGGGUUCAGGCUCUCAUCCGGGAAGCAGCCCUUCCAGCCUACGCGUGACCAGGCCUCCUGUGUGGACGUUGACGAGUGCCUGGAGAGCCAGGCUACGUGUGCGGAGGGCAGUCGCUGUGAGAAUGUUCCAGGCUCCUUCCACUGCUACUGUGAACCGGGGUUCAGGCUCUCAUCUGGCAAGCAGCCCUUCCAGCCCACGCGUGAUCAGGCCUCCUGUGUGGACGUUGACGAGUGCCAGGAGAGCCGCGCUCCGUGUGGGGAGGGCGGUCGCUGUGAGAACGUUCCAGGCACCUUCCACUGCUACUGUGAACCGGGGUUCAGGCUCUCAUCCUUGAAGCAGCCCUUCCAGCCCAUGCGUGACCAGGCCUCCUGUCUGGACGUUGACGAGUGCCAGGAGAGCCGCGCUCCGUGUGGGGAGGGCGGUCGCUGUGAGAACGUUCCAGGCUCCUUCCACUGCUACUGUGAACCGGGGUUCAGGCCCUCAUCCGGGAAGCAGCCCUUCCAGCCCACGCAUGACCAGGCCUCCUGUGUGGACGUUGACGAGUGCCUGGAGAGCCAGGCUACGUGUGGGGAGGGCAGUCGCUGUGAGAAUGUUCCAGGCUCCUUCCACUGCUACUGUGAACCGGGGUUCAGGCUCUCAUCCGGCAAGCAGCCCUUCCAGCCCACGCGUGAUCAGGCCUCCUGUGUGGACGACGAUGAUGGUGAUGAUGGUGAUGACAAAGCCCAAUUCGAUAAACUGCCCUCGCCUCAGAAAUCUGACCGGGCGAGCCUCCUCUACCUGCUCUUGUCGCUGCCAGCCGGGCUGCUGGUUGGCGGGGUCAGCCUCCUCAUCGGCGUCCUCAUCUCCAGAAUGGGGAGGCGCAGAAGAAGUCGUACGUCCGAGACGAGCGACAGCGGGGUCAUGGAGGACUCGCCUUGCCUGGACGCGGCUCCUUGACGGCUUCCUUCGCUCUCAAAUCCCCCGGCUCCCGCACACGGAGGGAUACUGUGGGGCGUCCGGAGUGGCGGGGAUUAUGUUGUCUCCGUCGCCUGGUACGCAGGAGGUCGCCAGUUCGAUCCCGGACCCCUGACGAUGCCUUUUGCUGUACGUUUGGAGUUUCAUAUGUGUCUUCUCUGCAGUCUGUGGGUUCUGUAUGUACCUCCAUUGGUAUCUAUGUACAUGGUGCUUCAAAAAAAUGUUAACGCUUCAGAGAAUUUGCAAAAACACCACAAGAAAUGUGCCUCCGGGCUCUGGAGACUACCAAUGAGAAGAUUCCAGGCAUGUGUUGACGAUGAUAGUGAACAAGCGGAGACUCUGACUUUUUGAAGCUAUGAAGAUAUAUGAAGAUACAUUUGUUAUGUUACAGCCGUCCUUUUCCAUUAAAAAUUAUAGUCCUAUAUGCGUGUUAACAUUUUUUUAAGCACCCUGUAUAUCUAUGGGUCUCUAUGGAUCUCUAUGUAUCUCUUGUCCCAACAGUCUGUGAAAGGCUAAA